AUGGAAGAAAAUGAAGUAAGUUCACUUGAUCACAAUCAUCCAUUAUACCUUCAAGUUGGAGACACUUCAGGGCUGGUUUUAAUUCUAAUCAAGCUCACAGGGCCAGAAAAUUAUGCCUUGUGGAGCAGAGCAAUGAAAUUGGCCUUGCGAGGAAAGAGCAAACUUGGUUUUGUGGAUGGAUCGUGUGUAAAAGCAGAUGCGAGGAAAGUGUGGAAUAAUUUUCAUGAGAGAUUUGAUCGCUCAAAUCUGAUGAGAAUUUAUCAUCUCUGGACUGAGAUAGCAACAAUGAGGCAAGGAACAGACUCAAUAACGAGUUACUACACAAAAAUGAAGGAUCUAUGGGACGAAUUGGAUGUGUUAGCUCCUUUAUCGUGCUGUGAUUGUGAGGAAGCAAGGCCAUCUAUUGAACUCUUGAAGUCACAAUGUUUUCUGCAAUUUCUUAUGGGAUUGAAUGAAAGUUACAGCAACGUAAGAAGCAAUAUACUUGCUAGGAGACCAGUGGUGACAGUAAAUGAAGCUUAUGCUAUUGUCACACAGGAAGAGAGCCAGGGAUCGCUUGGUGUUGUGGAUACUCACAAAGAUCCAUUAACUAUGGUACCCCCAAACUUUAAAAGUAAGAAGAAAGGUGGUCAAUCUGGUGGAGCGCUCUUGGACAGUCUAGCAGCAGAACACAGAUUGGAGGAGGCUCUAGGCAAAGUAUCAAUAGUGCAGCAGCAGAGGAUCAGGUGCAGGGACAUUUCUUUUACUGAGGAAGAGUAUUCACAACUCAUGAGCUUGCUUAACAAACCUCCACCAGGUGAUUGCAGCUCGAACAUGGUGGCAUGUACUAUUACAUUACUUUCUGAGACUUAUAAUUAUGAAUGGAUAAUAGACUCAGGGGCAUCACACGACAUUACACCCUGCUUAGAAAAGAGUCACAACAGUAGAGUACAAGUACCAACUGGAAAUGAGUCAUCUACAUCUAGUGCAGGAAGUACAAUGGGACUUUACAAUGACAAGGUAAUGGGGAUUGGUGGAGAAAAUAAUGGACUCUACAUAUUGCAAAGAGAAGUAAAGCCUACAGUAGGAGCAGCUGUAAUAAAAGGUGCAUAUGAAGCUGAGUUGUGGCACUUAAAACUAGGACAUCCUUCAGCUAUAGCAGUGCAACACAUACCAAGACUGAAGAACAAGCUAAAUAACACAAUGCAAGAGCAAUGCACAAUAUACCAAAUGGCAAAGCAAGUGAGAUUAAAAUUUCCUGUUAGUAAGAGUAGCACUAGUGGUAUUUUCCAAUUGAUACAUGUAGAUGUGUGGGGACCUUACAGGAGGCCUACUUUUGAUAGAAAGCAAUUUUUUGUUACUGUGGUGGAUAACUAUAGUAGAUACACUUGGAUCUUACUAGAAGGCAAAACACCAUAUGAGGCACUAUAUGGGAAGGAACCAGUGAUGGAUCAUUUGAGAGUGUUUGGCUGUCUAUGCUUUGCAAGCAACUUACCUAGAUCUGAUAAACUAGCUCCUAGAACAAGGAAGGCAAUAUUGAUGGGCUAUUCUGAGACUCAAAAGGGGUACAAGUUGUUUGACUUGGACACUAAAACCUUUUUUAUCGGUAGGGAUGUCAGUUUUAGGGAAAGAAUUUUCCCUUUCAGAGCCAUGCCAAUUGAAAAUGAAGAUGAUGGAAUAUACCAAGAUAGAAGUGAUUCUACACCACAGCAGUCACCAGAUCCAAUAUACCAAGAUGGAAGUGAUUCUACAGAAACUAAACACACACACACACAUGACAUUGUAGAUCACCAGACAGAUACACAUGACAUUGCACCAUAUUCUUCAUUAGAAACAAUGGAUGAAUGUCAACCAACAGUGUCUAAUGAAGAGAUUUCCACUGAGGAACUAGUAGAAAGACAACAUUCAGCUGAACAAAUGACAGAGAUUGACAGAGGCAAACGAGUUACUAAACCACCCAUUUGGUUAAAAGAUUAUGUCACUACUAAAAGAGGGUCUGCUAAGUGCUCAUACUCCAUUGCAAAUUAUGUGGGAUAUGAUCACUUAUCUGCUGACUAUCAAAAAUAG